CACUGAUAGGUGGCACUGACUGGCGUCACUGCUGGGCACUGACUGGCGGCACUGCUAGGCACUAACUGGCGCAACUGCUGGGCACUGACUGGCACAACCGCUGGGCACUGACUGGUGGCACUGACUGCAUUGAUGGGCACUGGUGGGUGGCACUGGUGGGCACAUGUGGGUGGCACUAGUGGGCACUGGUGGGUGAGCACAGGUGGGUGGCACUGCUGGGCACAAGUAGUUGGCACUGCUGGGUGGCACUGCUGGGCGCACUGCUUGGCACAGGUGGGUGAAAAUGGUGGGUGGCACUGCUGGGCACCGAUCAUCAGGGCACUG